UCGUCUCCUUGCAGUGUACCAAGUUGCAGGCCCAUUUUUGGAAACCACAGCGGAAGAACAAAGGCAGGCAGGUGAACUUACCGCCCUCCCUCUUAGUAUUAAUCUCGACGGCUGCCUCUACUCCACAAGUUGAAGAGGCGAAGCAGCGACUGGCGACGGCGACGCCAAUGGACGCGGAGGCCGUGCUGCCCCCUCCUCCGCAGCCCCGAUCGCCGCCGCGGAUACCAGACCUCUGCGGCCGCCAACGCCUCCAGGCGCACCUCCACCUCUUGAGGGGACAGAUUGCCUUCCUCGAGGAGGAGAUACAAUCCAUUGAAGGACUCCAACCGGCAUCUAUGUGUUGCAAAGAGGUUGAGGAAUAUGUGGAGAUGAUCCCAGACCCCUUAAUCCCAAUAUAUAAGAAGAGGAAAACACGAUGUCAUUUUUGGAGUUGGCUCAGGUUAGCUGUUGUAUAUGCACAAUGGUCCUUGUAUUAUCUCUUGCCAUAGUGUUAAACUACGAUUUCUGAAUGUAUUCGAAAAAACCACAUUUCAGGGAAUUAGUAGAACAAUGGCUUUAUUAUGGACAUGUAUAUGAAUAUUUUUUGCACUUUGAAUAGAUCAACUAGCUUUUGUAAUUGGCAUUAUCAGAUUUGCAUAAUCAUUUCUACUGUGGUUCUCAAAUUUGAUUAGCUGUAACAUUAAUCAUGAUGAUUUAGGAUCCUCUACAAACAGGAAAUAUCACCUAUUCUUUAUGCAUAUAGUGGCAAUUACUAAAGCAAUCAAUGAUCAAACAGUUCUAAUCAAUUAUGAAUAAGUAAUUGAAAAGAUAUUUGCUUACUGAUUCAUAAAAUGCCAAACUACUUACUCGACCCAACAUUUAGAAAGAUAGCGAAACUUUACCAUUCAAUCUGUCGACUGAGAACUCGAAUUAGUGGAGAGUCAUCGAAGUGCAGAGCAACAAUUUGCCUUCAGCAUGAUACUGAAUUGCUUGCUGUAUUCCUAUUCAAAUAAUGGACAAUGCAAUGAUUGACAUUUGACAGUAAUUGCAUACCAACUUCGAAAAAAUACAGAUGUCAGACAUCUCUUCUUAGCAACAUGAUCUAAUAAGGAUAGGAAAACCUUAUCUUCUUAAUCUGUCUUUCCACUAACUUCCAAAUUGUUGUUUUCCUGUAUGCAGCGGGAUGGUUUGCCUCAACAUACCAACUUGCUGCUCUGGAGGUUGCUGUAGCUGGCACAAGAAACACUGGUGCGACUGUAGACCAACCUGGAGCUAUCGCUCUACUUGUUUGCGAUGCCCCUGCAGCAGCAGCAGCUGCAGUGGCUGCUGCUGCUCCAGAUUAAAAUGUGCGACCCCAAGUUUCUCAUGUCCAGGAUACUCCUGUGGAUGUGUUUGUUCGUGUUCAAAAUGUACCAAAGUGUGCAUUUGCCCCAGAAUGCUUGUGCUGCAUCAGCUACUGUGUCUGUGAGUAAAUUUCUUGAUUGAUCUUUCACGCUACUCAUCAAAAAGUCUUGAAUCAUUUGUCUAUCAAUGAAUUCCAUGUAAGUUUAUAUUCAUUGAUAAUCUUUUUGAAUCAUUUUUAAUGCUGUUAAAUAUAGUUUCCUUUCAUCUUCCCUGUCCAUAUUUUCUACUCGGAUGGGUUAGAAGUUUCUAAGUGGUAUCUUUUUCUACUUCAUCUAUUGGGUAGCAUAUUUUUAACUUUGUGACA